AUGGCGUCGAUAUUCAACAACCUUUGGGGGAAUACCCCCAGCAAAGCAGCCAGCAACGGACAGGUCCCGGGCAGCUCCGGGUCAAGGGGUACCAAGAGAAAAGCAAAGCCGGACCCCUACGACGACAUGGACGAAGAUGAUGCGCCAAUGCCCGCCCCAUCGCGACGCGCCAGUUCGCGCAUAUCUGAAGCAUCGACUUCCGUUGACAAAGCUCGAUUAUCCGUAGGCAAGAUUAAGCGUCGAAGCCGAUCGUCAUUACCCAGCCGUGUCAGCGAUGCUCCUCAAGCCUCUCCCCAAGCGUCUCGUAUCGAUGCAGCCUCGAGUCGGGCUCGUGCGAAAGCCCCGGAACCCGCCCAAUUGCAAGCAGAUCCAGACGAGGAGAAGAACAGAAACUCACUUGUCCCAGUAGCGGACAUGGGCGGAGAAGAUCUCCUGGGAAGCAACGAUGCCCCCGACGCGGUUGCCGAUGCCGCUCCUCGACCCAAAGCUGGAAUGGCCAAUAAGUCUACCGCCAAUAACACGCACAAGGGCAAAGGCAAAGCAACCCAACUAGAACCCGAGGAGGCCGAGGAAGCCGAGGAAGAUGACAGGGAAGAGCAUGAGAUAGCCUCUCUCGUGAAACAUCGCAUGUCUGCUGAUGGCAGCGGUGCCGUGGACAUAUUAGUCCACUGGGCCGGCGAGAAAGCUGAGGAUGCCACGUGGGAAUCGGAGGAGGAGAUCCAGAAAAGCGCAGAAGAAGCCCUCUACGCUUACUGGAGAGCACAGGGCGGCCGGCUGAAUGCCCUGUUCAUCAAACCGAAGAACCCUCCGACUGAGACAUAUCACGUGUUCAGGAUCCUAGGCCACGAGAAGAAGUCGAGAGGUGGUUUUCAGUUCGAGGUACAGUGGGUUGGUCAUCCUGCCACACGUGGUGAGACCUCGAUGGAAACCGAAACGAAACUGAAAAACGUCGCGCCCGAGUUACUGAAUGAAUACUGGGAGAUUGUCGGAGGUCGAGCCAGCCACCUGGCUAAGCGUGGUCGUGCUAAGAAAGCGAGGACCGAGUAG